AUCUAUUCUUUGUAGCCAUUAGAGCAAUUGAUUCUGAAUUGGUGCCAAAGAUUCUAAGAAUUGAAGCCCAUGAAAGGAAUGAUUUCAAGAUUUCUUGUUCUUCCUUUUUAUAUUGGAUGUUUGUCUCAAUCGACCGUGGGUGAAUUCGAUUCGACACGAGUGGUCAAGAAAUCGAAACCCGAAUCGAAUCGAGUUGCUACAAGUAUGGCCAUGGAGGAAGGAAGCUCAUCAUCAAUGGUGGAAAUCAAGAAAUCUUGGAAUCCUACAACUCUAAAUAGAUCUAACAUCUCCAAGGCCAUGGAUAGGCUAAUAAGAAUCACAUUCAAAGGCUUUACUCAAAUGUUUGCUUACAAAGAUAUGGAGGACAUCAAGAUUGAGACGGAAAUGGAAAUAGGAUUCCCAACCGACGUGAAGCAUGUCACACACAUAGGCGCUGAUGGAUCUAUGACUACAAAUCCCAGUAAAAACUGGGAUCCUAUUCAACUACCUGAAACACUUUCUUUUCCUCCGGUUUCUUUGCAACAAUUUGAGCUUGCAAUGGCCGUGGAGGCCGAGGAACCUGCCUCCCCUUCUAAACGUAGCUGAAAUUAGAUACAAAAACAUAACAAACUGAGAAUUGAGAUUUUAAUGGAUGUGGAGGAACAAGUAGUGGAUGGAAAAUGGUUUGGGUUUGUGAUGAAAUUCGUUUUGUUUUUAUGCGUGUUUUAUACUGAUUUUAUUGAGAUGGUUUCAUCUG